AUGGACGAAUUCGCGCAAACCCGUGGCGUCGAUGACCUCUUCGAUGACGAGAUAAUCCCCAUCUUACCGUCGCAAGCCGCCGCGGAAUAUCCUGACGAUAACUCGCCGUACUCUAACUCGCAAUCUGACCAAGCAACCCCGCACACGCCGCAAGAUCCACCGCCCCCUGAUAGUGGCUCAGGAUUCUCUAGGACUCGUCGUUAUCACAGAAACCGUGCACCCCGGGGCGCCUUGUAUGCUAAAGCGCCGAAGGCCGCAGGACGGGACACUACCACCACAAAGGAAAAUGUGAACGGCGCACCUGUAGCGACCCAGGGUGUGGGGGACAGCAUACUGGAUAAAGUCACACCCCCGGCAGAUGAAUCUGGUGUCAUCGGCGAGGAUGACAACGAUAUGAAGCAAAAAGAUAUCACAAAACAGAAAGUCCCGGCUGUUCGGGGAGACCGGAGUGGUACUGGUGGCGUGAAAAAGCCAAAGCUCACAGAAGAAGAAUUAUCGGAGCGUGUGGCUGCCAUCAAGAUUGCAGCCGCAAAGCGUGCCGCCGCCCAUGCCCGCGCGGAGGCGGAUGAAGCCUCGUUUAACCAGCGUGAGAAAAUCGCUGCAGAAAAACGCUCGCAGGAGCGCCAAAUCCAUCGUGCUAUGGUGAGUGAACGUGAACGGAACCGCCAGAGAAAACUCCAGGCGCAAACAGGUCGGGAGUGGGACGCCGAAAAAUCGCAGGAGUUGCCUGGGAACGAUGGUGGUGCCUAUCGUCGAGGAAUGCAUGGUAGCGUCGCGAAUCAGACACCAAAAACAGACAGUUGGAUGCCACUAGAAGACAAUGAGAAAGUAUACGGCAAUGGGCACCGGGGACGCGGCCAUCGGGGCGACCGCGGCGGACGAGGGCGUGGGUAUGGCCGUGGCCGAGAUCGUGGAGGAUAUAAUAGAGGCUCAAAUGAGCUUUCAACACACGCGUCAUUAAAGGGCGCUGACAAUGUACAGCAAGUCCUUUCCAUUGAAGCUGAGAACGAGUUUCCCGCGCUUCCCAGCAGUAAGAACGAUGAAACAGGCAGCUGGGCUCCGGGUGACCAGCCUGCACCUAGCAAUAUGAACCUUGACACGCCUCUUUCUCCAGUACCCCUCAAAGGCUCGUGGGCUGAUCAUGUCGACGAGUUGCAUGAAGCCGAAGCCCAGAAAACGGCCCAAGCGGCCUAA